AUGAGUCUGCCUUCCGUUGCUCCUUGGAACGCUUUUCACAGGCAUGCCUCGUUGGCUCUUAAGUUCGUCCGGAAUUAUACACGAAUUACCGCACAGGAAAUAAACCCUAAUAUGAGAAAACUGGAAUAUGCCAUUAGAGGUCCUAUUGUCCAACGUGCCAUUGAAAUCGAAAAGGGUCUUCUAAAUGGUGAAAAAAAGCCAUUUGAUAGUAUCAUCAGGUGCAAUAUCGGAGACUGUCAUUUUGCUGGUCAGACGCCGAUAUCCUUCAUACGCCAAGUUAUCGCCGUCGCUUGCGACACGCAUCUCAUGGAUUCGUCGGUUAUUCCCGAUGAUGCCAAGGAACGAGCCUUGCGUUUUCUUAGAAGUGUAGGUGGCAGUGUGGGUGCCUACAGUCAAUCCACGGGAGUUGAAUUAGUGCGCGAGGACAUUGCAGCGUACAUUGAGCAGCGCGACGGAAUUCCCUCGUCUCCAGAGAAUAUCUUUUUAGCUACUGGUGCCUCAGAAGCCGUUAAGUUUAUCCUCGGGCUGCUGGCCACUACAAAGGAAGGCUCGCAGCGCGCCGGAGUCAUGAUCCCCAUCCCUCAGUACCCCCUCUACUCCGCCACACUGAGCGAGUUCAACAACUACCAGGUAGGCGCUCAACCUCUCGCCUCCACUGAACAUCCCUUCAAAAUUGAAUCCACUGCACCCUCGGAAAGUGGGCUGCGUGUGGAGCAAAGCUCUGGAUCGAAAAUUACUUCCUUUUGGAAGCGUAAACUUUUUCUUGCUUGCAGGCUGCUCCAGUCUACUAUAAACGCCUCGCCGAGCGCAAAUAACGUUGUUUCUUUUCAGUUCAUUUGCGUUUGUGCAGAAUUUUGUGCGCUUUGGGUUCUCAGCGGGUUUGACUACGGAACGAUGGGAGUCAAAAUUGGAGAAUGUGUAUCCUCGCAGAUUGGAUACUACCUGGAGGAGGAGAGCGGCUGGAGCCUGCGGGAGGAGGAGUUGGAGGCGCGGCUGGAGGCGGCGAAAGCGCACUGCAAGCCGCGAGUGCUGGUGGUGAUCAACCCGGGUAAUCCUACCGGUCAGGUGCUCACCCACGACAAUAUCGCCGCAGUCCUGCGUUUCGCACACCGCAACAACCUUCUCGUCCUUGCUGACGAGGUCUAUCAGCACAAUAUUUACGCGCCUGACCGGCGCUUCCACUCUUUCAAACGUGUCCUCCACGAACUUGGUGGCAACAUCGCCAACGAAGUCCAACUCACCAGCAUGAUGUCAGCCAGCAAAGGAUUCAUGGGAGAAUGUGGCUUCCGUGGUGGCUAUUGCGAGCUGGUCAACUUUGAUCCUGAGGUUCGGGCGCAACUGUACAAGUGUCUCUCAGCGCGUCUCUGUCCUCCUGUUCUCGGUCAGCUGACGAUGGAUGUGGUGGUGAAUCCGCCGCGGCCGGGCGAGCCCUCCUUUGAGCAGUUUUCUGCGGAGAAGUCACAGGUGCUGAGCGAUCUGGCGAAAAAGGCGAAGCUGGUGGAGAGCCUCUUCAACCAACUGCCCGGCUAUCAUUGCCAACCCGUUAUGGGGGCCAUGUACGCCUUCCCCCGUCUCGAACUGCCCCCUAAGGCCAUGCGGGCUGCCGAGCUUGCCAAUAUGCCUGCGGACGCGUUCUACGUUACCAAAUUACUGGAAGAGACGGGCGUCUGUGUUGUGCCCGGUAGCGGUUUCUCUCAGAAACCUGGUACCUUCCAUUUCCGAAUUUGGGAGGUUGUGCUUGAACAAGAUUGCUGGACGAACGGCGCCACCGCAGUGUGGCAGGAUCCCUCCAAUUUGUUGUGGUUACUACGACGUCGUGCUACAGUUUGUCCGGAAGACACCCCACAUCAAUUCCACGGUUCACUUCUCUUCUUCAUGCUCGACUUGAGGUUUCAAGCAUGCCCAAUCUGGGCUCAGGAGGUCUUGAACUACCAAAGGGACGUGCUUAGACCGUCAAGAGGCAUUGUUCCCGACAGUGCAUUUAUUCGCAUAUCCUCUUCUCGACCUCGUCGAGUUAGCCAGAAGAAUGAAAGUAGAUCGGACUUGUUAAAAAAAAUUCGGGAGGCCAGAGAGCGUGGUGAACGUUACAUUGUCGAAACCAUCGAAAAACCUGUUUAUGAAACAGUAGAUGAAAAGACCUACUCUAAAAUAGUUCAGGAACGUAUCGAAGAUGACUGGAUUGUGGACGAUAGUAUGCUAGGAUAUUUUCUCAUUGCUUUAGAUGGGCUUGGCUAUGUGGACGAUGGUCGAGAACUAUUCGACGAUCAUGAUGGUGAUCUUGAACAAAGUGGGUCACAUAAGAAAUCCACUCGUGGAUAUACCGGGACUAAAAAACGUCUCAAUCCUGACUUACGUCCCUCGUCAUCCUCUCCUAAAAGUCAUUCCAAGGAUAUUCGUCACAUGUUCGCAGCUUCCGCAUCCCGCCAGCCUAAGCGAGCUGCAGAUACUGUUGCUGAUGAUGCAGCUCUGGAUGACCUACUGGCAGAACUGGAUGCGGACAGACCUAAGGAUCCACCAGAUAAAAAACCCAGAAUGGACGGGAUUCGGAAGAAUCUUUCUGUAAAACAAACUCCGAAACCAUCUGUUGUACCCCAUUCACGUCGUGAAACCUCCUAUGCAAUUAGAUCUCGACCGCUACCACCUAAGCCGCGGCAAUCUCAUUCGUCCGUAAAUCUGGAUUACGUGGAAAUUCAGUCCAAAGAUAGCAAGACAUUAAAAGUCUCCCCGGUUAAGCCAAGUCCCGUAGUUGGGCUUGAACCGGAACCCGAAUCUACUUUGAGAGCCGUCGGCGUUUCUGUGGUCGAUGAUGUAACUGAAGCUGCGGAAGAUGAGGAAUCGAUGGGAGUGGUGAGUCCAGACCCGGAGCCUCCGGUCAAUGUGCCCUGGCUCAAUGAGGAAAAUGAGAAUGCUGAAGUGUUGCGUGCUGAUGAGAACUCUUCCGCGGGCUCUUCAGACGGCGAUUCUGGGAGUCUUCGAUUUUUCUGGUUAGACGCUUACGAGGAUUUGAUGAAUCAGCAAGGCGUGGUCUUUCUCUUUGGCAAAAUUCCCUGCAAGGAAGAUCAGUCUGGUUUUUGUAGCUGUUGUAUCCGCGUUAAAGAUCUGGAACGGCGUGUCUUCUUCCUCCCCUCCACGUCCACUGGGUGUACAGUUAAGGAUGUUUACGAAGAACUUCGAGAACUCAGCGGUCAAUGUAAAAUCGGUAAAUUUAAAUGUAAACCAACUACAAAAAAGUACUGCUUUGAAGAUGUCGACGUUCCUAGCGAAGCUGAAUACCUUGAGGUUCGUUACCCAGCCUCCUAUCCAUCCCUUCCUAGCGACCUUAAAGGGAAGACAUUUUCUCGAAUCAUGGGUUCCACUGCCUCAUUUCUGGAAAGCCUCAUUCUUGAUCUUCAUCUCCGCGGCCCGUGCUGGUUGGAGCUUAAGGGGGCAACUCUUCUUCAGCCACAGUUGAGUUGGUGCAAGGUGGACUACGACUUUUCCUUCCAGCAGCCCAACAAAAUGCUCAAGUUGAUAGAUGUUUUAGCGGCCCGUAGCGAUAAUCUUGCACUGCCGCCUGCGCCGCCCAUUCGGAUGGUGGCAUUGGACGUCAAGUCGGUCGCGCGCAAGCAGAGCAACUCUGCUGAGAUCAUCUCUGUAGGCCUCUUGAUUGACAAUCACUUUAAUCUGGAUAAACCCGGUGGUAAAAAGGCAUUCCAGUCACAUUAUCUUGUACUUGCACCACCGAGGGACUCAGUGCUGCCUUACGACCUCUCUAAGCGCCUUCCCAGUUGGGGUCGGCAGUAUCAGCCACCCUCUAGCAGUGGGAGCGGUGACGACAGCGACGCACCCUACGGUAUCGACAUGGAGCCCAACGAGCGGGCUCUCCUCGGUCGCUUACUGACGCGCAUCCAUCGCCUCGACCCCGACCUUCUCGUGGGCCAUGACCUCUGGGGUAAUCAACUUGAUCUCCUGGUGCAUCGCCUCGUUUCCCACAAGGUCGCCCACUGGCAUCGCAUCGGCCGUCUCCGACGCUCACAACACUUUGUUGUUAACUUCAACAGGUCUUGGUUCAUGCGCCACGCUCUUCCCGGACGGCUGAUAUGCGACACGCGAAUCUCGGCUCGCGAGCUGGUGCGCUCGCGCACCUACAACCUCAGCGAAUUGGCUUUUCAGAUCCUGGGAGAGGACACGAAAUCACGACGCCAAAUUCCUGCCCUUAUAGCUCGCCAACUCGCCUCCGCCACCGCCUCGGCUGGUGGUGUCGACGAAGCACUCAUCUCUGGCAUUGACUUGGAGGUCGACUCGGCUGAUCUGAGCUGCCUCUUCCUCUCAGCCACUGGCGUCAAAGAGCUCGCCGAUUUUUGCCUCUCGGAUGCUCUUCUCGUUCUCCGACUGGCGCACCAGUUGCAGGUCUUACCACUGGCUCACCAGAUCACCUCGAUCUGCGGCAACGUGUUAAGUCGCACGCUUGCGGGUGGUCGUUCGGAGCGAAACGACGCGCUGCUACUGCACGCCUUCGUGGAACAGGGCUACCUCCCACCUGAAGCGCCCUCACGUCUCCAUCCCAGCCGCGAGCGUGGCCGCGGCGUCAAGGACGACCUCGCCGAGCCGCUUGAGACCGAGCAUGAGGGGCGCCGCAAACCCACCUACACAGGUGGUCUCGUCCUUGACCCUAAAGUCGGAUUCUAUGAUACGUACAUUCUGGUGUUGGAUUUCAACUCACUCUAUCCCUCCAUAAUCCAAGAGUUCAAUCUCUGCUUUUCCACGAUGGAGCGCUCCUUCUUCGCAACCAAAGAUCCCACUGAUUCAAACGCGACGGCCACCGAGGACAUAUACAUCUCGGAGCUGAUAGCCAGUGUAACGCAGUCGGGCGGAACCAAGUCAUUGCAGCAGCAUCUACCGACAUCUCGAGCACCGGGUAUUCUGCCCUCCGAGGUGCGACGACUGGUGGAGAGCCGGAAGGAAGUCAAGAAGCUUAUCGCUACCGCCUCGGCUGUCGCCGACGCCGCCAAUAUGGCUAAGGUGGCCCAAUGGAACAUCCGCCAGCAGGCAUUGAAGAUUACCGCUAACUCCGUCUACGGGUGCCUCGGCUUCAGCGCUUCUCGUUUCUGUGCACGCGGUCUCGCUGCUCUUGUCACCGGACUGGGACGUGCUCUCCUCGUCAAUACGAAGGAACUCGUUGAAAAUAUGAAACUUGAGGUGAUAUACGGUGACACGGAUUCAAUAAUGGUGAAUACCAAUUCUACGGAUCUGCUCUCAGCUCUGGCGAUAGGGGAUAAGGUGAAGCAGGAAGUGAAUCGUCGUUACCGCCUAGUGGAGCUCGACAUAGAUGGAGUGUUUGCGGCGAUGCUGUUGUUGGCGAAGAAGAAGUAUGCUGCACUGGCUGUUAGCCACCCCCUCCAGUACGUUGAGCGGCUGCGCCAACAACAGCCCUCACAGCAGAUGCUGCCACCACCGCCGACCAAGACGGAAAUGAAGGGUCUUGACAUUGUCCGACGCGACUGGUGUCGUCUGGCUGUAGAAGUGGGCAAGUUCUGCGUCGCCACUCUCCUCUCCGGUCGCGCUACCUCUGAAGUCGCGGUCGAGGAGAUUCACGAGCAUUUACGAACUGUCGCUCAACAGGUCCGCGAUGGUAGUCUCCCCAAAACAGACUUUGUCAUUACCAAAAUGUUGACCAAGAAUCCCGAGGAUUACCCUGACGCCAAAUCCCAGCCACAUGUGCAAGUUGCCCUGAGAUUCAAUCAGCAGACGGUUUCCAGAGGCACAGGAGGCGGUGGUGGUCACCGAUUCCGUGCCGGCGAUACAGUGGAAUACAUAAUUUGCAAUGACGGCACUUCCAGAUCGUCUGUGCAGAGGGCCUACUCUCCUACCGAGCUCUCCACUGGCAUGAGGCCCCCCGAAACCAGUAGUGGUGAUGGCGACCGUACGUCGAGGGUGAAGCAUAAGAAUCAGGAGGAGCGACUUACAAUCGAUGUACACUACUAUCUGGCAAGCCAGAUUCACCCUGUGGUUUCUCGCCUCGUCGCGCCUAUUGAGGGCACCUCACCAGCGCACAUUGCUGACUGCCUGGGUCUCGACUCUGCCUCCUAUCGACGCUCAAUGGCAGCCACCGCUGCCGCUUUCGCUGGCGAUGAAGAGGCAUUUUUUGUGUACGUACAGACUAACGACAAUGGGUCAAUGUUCUCUAUCAACUCCCUGAUUGACGUGGACCCUCUGGUCCUAGCCUGUCUUGCUUAUCAUGAGGGGAAGCAGUGCCCCGGAAAGGCACUCAUUCGCACCUCCCCGUUCACACAAUCCGGUCUUGCCAUGUGGGUGUGUCCCGAGUGUGGCGAAGACCUCUUGGGAAGCGCGAGGCACGCCGCCGCGGCGGUGAACCAAUUGGUGCUGCAGGCGCGAGCUCACAUCGUAGCCUACGAAGUGGGUGUGUUAGUGUGUGAGGAUCCUACCUGCGCCCUCGCCACUCGCACCGCCUCCUGUCCUCCCAGCACUGCCACUUCUACCUCCGUCAGCGAAGGCCUCUGGGCAUUCGGUGCGCAGCAGCAACAACAGCCGUUAUGUCCACUCUGUGGGACUGGCCAAAGUCUCCUGCGUCCCCUACACUCCGAGAUGCAACUUUACCGCCAACUCCUCUUCUACCGCCACCUCCUCCUGCCCCCAGAGUCGCUCUUGUCACCAAAGUUGUCAAUACCAUAUGAAGAUGGUAAGGAGAAUUCCCAGAAACUAAAGAAAAGUCUCGACCAAAAUGCGCCCUUUGCCUUGCCGUCGGCCAUAAGAGACACCCUGGAGUCGGGUCUGCGACAGGUGCGUCGUUACUUGGCGCAGUCCGCCUUCGCCAUGGUAGAUUUGGGCCAGAUUUUCGUUGGCUUACGCUCCACUCAGCCCACUACUGCAGCCGUGACUACGGCGAUGUUGACUUAUCAUGAAAUUGCAAAAACCAUUAACAGUUCCUCGGAGCGUAAUACUGGUAUCAGGGCCCAGGUCGCUGCAUUUUGCCGCGAGGAAAACAAAAUUCACUAG